GAUUGGUCAAAGUGGAAGGCUAUCACGAAGAGACUGAAGAGUGGUGGGGUCUGAGUAGUUGCAGCUGGGGCUUGUUCGGAUUUAAACACCCCACUUUCACACCUCAUUCAACGUCAUGCACGGUGUCAUAAAACCUGGCGACCUCGCCUUCCAUUUAUAACACGCGUGUUAAGAUUUAUCAUCUAAAUCCGCUGUAAAUCCAAUAAGUCCGCUCUAAAUUCCAUCUACCGUUGCUUUUCAGCAUCUGCAGCGCUCAACUUCCGCGAAUAUUCUCCUGUCAUUCCCUCCACUUCCACUUCAAAAACUUCCAAUUUAAACACGAUGGCACCAAAAGAAAUACGGUGGGGUAUCCUUGCAACAGGCGGGAUUGCCCGAACCUUCACAAAAGACCUGACAGUCGAUCCCACAACUCGAGGCGUAACCAAAGUCAAGCACGUCGUAGUCGCAGCCGCAAGCUCCUCUUCCAAGACACGCGCCGAGGCCUUCCUGAAAGAGUGCAACUGGCCCAACGCAAAGGCAUACGGCUCCUACGAGGAAUUCGUCAAAGACCCAAACAUCGAUGUCAUCUACAUUGCAACACCUCACUCCCACCACUACCAGAAUGCCAUGCUGUGCUUAGAAGCGGGGAAGAACGUGCUUUGCGAGAAGGCGUUCACUGUCAAUGCGGCGCAAGCGAAGAAGCUCGCCGAGAAGGCUCGCGAGAAGAAUCUUUUCCUCAUGGAAGCCGUCUGGACCCGCUGGUUCCCCCUCUCCAUCUACGUCCGCGAGCAGAUCACCUCCGGCCGCAUCGGCACCGUCUACCGCGUCCAAGCUGAUCUAAGCAUGGCCGAUAACCCAGACAAGACAUACGCCGAUGGGAAGAACCGGAUGGUCAAUCUGGAGCUUGCUGGAGGUGCACAACUCGAUCUGGGGAUAUACGCCUUGACAUGGUGCUUCCAAACACUGUACCACACCCAGCCGGCCAGCGAACGCAAGCCUCCAAAGGUGCAGGCCACCAUGAAGCACUUCUCAGUUACCGGAUCAGACGAAUCCACGACCGUCCUGCUCACUUUCCCUCGUUCUGAGAAGCUGGGUGGUGAUGCGCACGCUGUCGCUAUGAGUUCUAUUCGCGUUGCUACGGAUCCGGCGAAUGGAAUUGCGUCGGGCCCUGCUAUUCGGAUUCAGGGCGACAAGGGAGAGAUCCAGGUCUUCCCUCCAGCAUUCAGGCCUGUCGAUACGCGCGUCAUUCUCUCUGAUGGCACGGUCGAGGACAAGCAUUGGGAGCAGCCAGGCCCUGGAAAAGGAAGUGGCUUCUACAACGGUUUCGGAGACACAAUACAGCCGGAAGGUGUGGGCCAAGGUAUGUUCUGGGAGGCGGAUGAAGCUGCUGUGGCAAUUUUUGAGGGCAGGAAGGAGGGGAGCUUCUUAGAUCUGGCGGAGAGUAUCGUGAUCAUGGAGACUAUGGAUGAGAUACGGAAGCAGGGAGGGCUGAAGUAUCCGGAUAAGAUUGAGACGCUGGAUUAUCCUGUUGCUCUAUAGAUUGAGGUCGAAUAGGAGAAAAUUACAGGAGAAAAUUACAGGAGCUCAUUUGGAGUGUGUAUUUCUUUACCUGAUGUUGUGGUUUGAAGUGGUUGGUGAUGGGCUACUUUAGAGGUAUACACCUCCCCAAGAGUUGCCUAGUCUCUAAUCAAUAUACGACCUCAAGUUACUCGAUUCCGAGCACUUGAAAUACAGGAUCUGAGUAUCGUAAGAUUAUUCGAGAUUGUGGCUCCAGGGAUACUGCAAGAGUAUACAAACCCCCCUGGAAGAUGCGUACAGGUAAUGGGUCGCG